AUGACCGACAAAGUGCUUGACGACAUUUCGCAUCGUCGCUACAACCCCCUCAACGGCUCUUGGCUGCUUGUAUCGCCUCACAGGACAAAGAGGCCAUGGCAGGGCCAGCAAGAGGCUCCAGCCCUUAGCAAACUUCCCGAGUACGAUCCCCAGUGCUACCUUUGCCCCGGCAACAAGCGCGCCCAAGGCGACUCCAACCCGCAUUACAAAAACACCUUCGCCUUUGUCAACGACUACAGCGCCGUCAAGGAAGAACAGCAAGAAUAUAACCCUCCGCAGGCCACCUCUGACGAUGACAUCGCCUCUCUCCUCCUGCAAGCGCAGCCCGCCACAGGCCGUUGCUACGUGCUCACCUUCUCCGACAAACACGACACCACUUUGGCGGACAUGAGCGCUUCCGAGAUUGUGCCGGUCAUCGAGACCUGGACACGCGUCUACGCCAGCCAUCUAUCUCCUUCACACCCGCUCCAUGCCGCCGCAGCGCGCGCACUCGCCGAGAUCCCACCCAACCCGGACGGCGAGGUCACCCCCUCUAAAGAGCAGCUGCGGUACAUGCAGAUCUUCGAGAACAAGGGCGCGGCCAUGGGCUGCUCGAACCCCCACCCGCACUGCCAGAUCUGGACGACGAGCACGCUGCCCGAGGAACCCGGCAAGGAGCUGGUGCAGAUGACCAAGUACCACCGGGAGCACAAGGGGAGGCACCUGCUGGGGGACUACGUCAAGGUGGAGAUGCAAAAGGGAGAGCGCGUGGUUUGGCAGAACGAUGCGUUCUUGGUCGUCUGCCCUUGGUGGGCUGUCUGGCCGUUUGAGGUGCUCGUUAUUGCGAAGAGACACGUGCGCGCGUUGGUGGAGCUUACGGCCGAGGAGAGACUGCAAUUUGCGGAGGCGGUGCAGGAGGUUACGAGGAGAUAUGAUAACUUGUUCGAGACGAACUUUCCUUAUAGUUCCGGCAUUCACCAAGCGCCGCUGGAUUGCACGGAGGAAGAGGCUGAGAUGAGCUGGUUCCAUAUGCACUUCUACCCUCCCCUCCUCCGGUCCGCUACCGUGCGCAAGUUCCUGGUCGGGUAUGAGUUGAUGGCUGAGCCGCAGAGGGAUAUCACUCCGGAGCAGGCGGCUGCGCGCCUCAGAGACUGCGGAGGUGAUCUAUAUCGCAAGUCGUUGCAGUAG